AUCUUGUCGCCGCUUCGGGCUUUCGUCUCCACCGCCUUGAUGCCGCCCCGGGAGCAGGAGUAGCGGCUCAUCGCCAACUACCCUUCUCCGUCGGAGCGUGCGUCGUCGUCACCGGCGAUCCCCACCCACCUCCUCACUGCGCCGCCUCGCCGUCCGCCCCUUCUCCACCUUGCCCUCAACCCGCCACAGAUCCCUCUCCCUCCCUUCCUCGUCCCCGGCCUUCCUCGCCGCAAACACUGCCCCCUCUUCUCCGCUUUCCUUCCUCCUCUCCACCUCAGCCGCCGGCCACGAUCUCAGCCGUGAUCUGGAAGAGGCUCUUCUUUUAAUUUCAGAGCCUUAACCUUAAUACAAGUAACAGUUUGGGGGUUCAACUGAACCCCCAUGUCCCAAGUUGGAUCCGCCCCUGCUCCCAUGGUGACAUCCCAUGAAGAUGCUAAGAAGGCGUAUGCUGAUUUCGAGAAGAAGGUCAAGAGGACCAUCUAUAUUGAUCAUCUUUCCCCUCAAGUCACGAGCUCAGUACUUAAAGCAGCCCUUGCCCAAUGUGCAAAUGUUGUCGAUGUGGAGUUCAUUGUUAAUUACACAAUCCCGUAUGACAUUCCUUCUGCUGCAUUGGUGGAAUUGGAUGACGAAAUACAAGCUAAGGCUGCACUAGACUUGAUGAAUGAUUUCCCUUUCAUAAUUGGCGGGAUGCCAAGGCCUGUAAGAGCUACAUGUGCAAAGCCCGACAUGUUUCGGGAACGCCCUCCUUGCCCUGACAUCAAGAAAGAGUUCCGGUGGGUAAAACAAGAAGAUGGAACAGAGUAUGAAGGAAUGAAGAAAUUGAGGAUCCUAGCAAAAAGGCAAGAAGCAGAAAAUAUGGCACUCAUAAAGAAUCAAUUGGAAGAGGAGAAGGAGCUGGCAAAGCAGCAGCAGGAAUUACUCGAUGGAAAUUACAAGAAGUACGACAUGCUGGAGAAUGUCGUACAGAACGGAAACAUGAAGAGCCUAGCUCAGCAUUAUGGAGUCAGCCUGGCCGAUGAGUUUUGACAAUUCAAUCCAUGAGCUGCUCGCUCACUAAUAAGUCCGGUCUAGUUCCCGGUGCAGCAACAUGCCUAAUAACCUUUCUCUCUCUCUCUCUCUCUCUCUCUUUCUCUCUCUCUCUAGGCCUUUAGGGCAGUGAUAAAUCAUGUCAAUGUGUGAGAUGAAAUAAUAAUUGAAUGACUGGUUUGAGGCACGCAUUAGGCGUGAUCAAAGGCAUAUCCUCUGUGUAAAGAUAGUUGCCUGCCUGCUAUAAUUUAUCUGGAGGGGUUAUUGACAACAGCACUGGUUUCUUCCUUGUGAUUCUCUGACGUCCUGCGAGAUGGUUACCAUAAGUAUGUCUUAAUUUAUAUGGUGAAGCCUGCUUAAUUACCAAGCAUUGAACUGUGCUGUCGUAUACUAGAGCUGAUGCAUUUCUUGCUUAGUUUCAGAGACUCGUGGAUGUACUGAUAAGUUACUUCGAGGAGAAGGUAUCUGUUGUAGGCCUGACUGAAGUUAGCUGUAGAGUGUAUGGAACUGGAAGUCUUAAAAUUUUGGGCUUGUUUUUCGGUUUCUAGUGCUAAAGAUGAUACUUACAAUUAUGGGUCUUGUAUUGAUCAGUUGAAAACUCAAGAUUAUACGUAUCAAUAAUCAGUUGAAAACUCAAGAUUGUACUGCA